AGAGAGAGCUGAACCAGGGGGAAGGAAGGAAAGAGAGAGAGCGACAGGGAGAGCAAGAGAGAGAGAGCGAGGGAGGGAGGGCGAGCAAGUGAGCAGAGGGACUGCUGGACGCUCACACGCUCCCCCACUGUCUCAGCUUUCACCUUCAAGACCUCUCGCUCUCUCCAGCUCGCUCCGCAGCCUCACAGCCCCUCUCCAGACAACCAGAAGACCCCUCUCUCUCCUGCUGGAAUUCAACAAAUCUGGGACUGGGCAAGACAACAUCUCCAAACAUCCAGGCUCCAGCUCAUGCAUGCAUGCCUGUGCAAAUGGGGAAAAAACCCUCAAGAUCCCACUGAGACCAAAAGCAGUUGGAACAGGUUUUAGCCACUUUCCCCCCGCUGAGCCAGGGAAGAGGAGAAAAAAGACAGAAAGAGAAAAAAAAAAAAAAACAAGGAGGGGAGAAAAGAGGUACAAGGAGGGGGGAAAUUGAGACCCUGCCUUCAAUAUCAAGUAGUUGCAAAGUUUGAGGAGAAGUUCUUGGUGGUCGAAGGCACAAAAAAUGCAGCUGCAGACACGCAUCAGACAUAUGAACAAGUAGGAGUGCAGUAAGGGAUUAAAGACAACAGAGGCAACCACACGGAGACGAGAGAGAGACGGAGAGCACCACAAGACUUGGAAGAAGAUCGCUGGGGACAUGGACCAGGUCGUCUACAGGAAACCUCCUCCAGUUCGCACAUCAGAGGAAGAAGGCUAAGGAGGACCCCCAGAGUAUCAGACAAUAACCCCCCAAAUCUCCCCCCACUAAAGGACAAGGAUGAGUGGAGAUGUUCUCUAGCUAGUACUGGACUGCAUCAUCCCAUCUUUUUUGUGUGAGUGUGUGUGGUUUUUGUGUGUGUGAGUGUGUGGUGUGCCUGUGGCCAGGUGCCUGUGAGACAGGGGGUAGAGGAAGAUAGUGCGGGAGACGCACAGCCCCAAGGGGGAUUGCACUGCUGGUGCUGGUGCUAGUGGGGGCUGGUGUGGCGUGGGAGCUGCAUGGCAAUCCAACGGCUGGUGCUUGCUGCGGCGGCCGUGGCGCUGCUCUCGCUGGUGCUCAACAACACGGCGGCCUGGAGCUCUAGCUGGGUGCUGCAGACGCUGGACGGGGGCCGCCGCCGCAGCGUGGGGCUCUGGCGGAUGUGCCCGCUGGACAGUGGCAAGGGGGCGGACGAGGGGGGGAUGAUGGGGGGCCCAUCGGACGCGGGCACCAAGAGCGGGCUCUGCCAGGGCCUCAGCUGGGGUGCGGAUUACGCAGGGUACCAGGAGUCGCGGAGCACGGUGAAACUUCAAUUUGACAUGAUGCGUGCCUGCAAUCUCCUGGCAACCGUCGCCCUGACAGCGGGUCAGCUGAUCUACCUGCUGGGGCUCCUGGAGUUGAGGUUCAUUACCCAGGAUUCCCAGUGGUGGGAGGAGGCCAUCGCUGCCUUGUUCCAGCUAGCCAGUUUCGUGCUAGUGAUCGGCCUGGUGACGUUCUACCGCAUCGGCCCCUACACGCAGCUGUCCUACUCCUGCUACAUCAAUAUCGCCUCGUGCCUGCUGGCCACCCUGGCGGCCGCCGUGCUCAUCUGGGACAUCCUGCAUCGCCGUGACGACUGCCUGAGCCCGCGCGUCAUCGUCAUCAGCCGCUCCCUGGCCACCAACUUCAGGCCGCGUCUGGACAACGACUAUGUGGAGUCGCCGUGCUGACGCUAAAAAGGCAUUUGACCAAACACAUGUGCAGGGAUGGAGGAAUGGACAACCAACUGGACUGCCAACAUAACAAAAACUCCAUCACUGAAGGAAUGGUCCACUGGGCUUCAUACAAAACUCCAUCAUACUAGCUAUGAGUGAAAAGAAGGGACUGAGAUGAUCCACAUGGAAAAAAAUACCACUGCACACCCACCAACACACACACGCGCACACACACACACACACACACACACACACACACACACACACACACACACACACACACACACACACACACACACACACACACACACACACACACACACACCUGCAAUGAAGUGAAGGACCUCAAUGAACAAUGAGGAGUUGAUGGACUAUCAAGCUGGAUCUUGAGAUGUUUCAUUCUCUGGGCACUUAUAAAUAAUAACAGAAAUAUAUUAUUUUAAAUAUUUAGGUCUAAUUGUACACAUGUUUAUACCUGUUAUAUUAUGUUGUUAUAUUAAUAUGACAAAGAUGUAUAAAGCCAAAUCUGGACUCGCUACUCCACACGUAUUGUAUUCAGGGCACGUAGUUCCAGUGGUGGAUUCUUUGGUACCUAAUGCUGAUUCUCUAUCUUGUAGAAUACUAGCAACAUGUGGGAAUUGCCAUCAGAAGAGGUAAAAUAAUUUUACGGUGUUCACAUCAAGAACGAUAACUAUACCAAUAACUAUAUCUGAAAUGAAAAGAGGGUCCACACUGAAGAUGAUCAUUUUAAAAGGUCCAGUAUGUAAUUUUAGGUGUUUGCUUUCAAAAUAUAUGUUUCACAUUCAUAAAUUGGAUCUUUUUCAGACAUAUUUCCAAAGCAGUAAACUAAUAUUAACUGCUCUGACCAAAGUAAAGCGCAUUUUGCCACCAAAGAUGGCUAUGACUGGUAUUGCCAAAUGGCGGCUAUGGAGAGGAUCCACCUAUUCAUGUAUGAAAAAGAGAACAUUUUCAAAAGUCACAAUGAACAAUUCCACAACAAAAGAAAAUAUUUGUGAAUGGACAACAUACAUUCUGGACAUAAACUACUUAAAAAAUUGCAUAACUUAGUCUUAAUUGUUUUAGCCGUUUGGCUACAGUGUUUUCAGCCCAGAACAUUUCAAUUGUGGAAGCUGUGCCAUCCACCAACAAAAACAUGAUCAUAGUUAUAGGCUUGAUGUGAAGGGGAUUUUAUAUAUGCUGAACAUUAUGAUGGCUAUCACAGGGGUGAAGUAUAGGGGUGAAGCUUCAAAGAGUAAUUGGUUAUGCUCAAUUUCUGUAACAACUACUUGGAGAACCGGCUGAUUUAUCAGUCAGACUCAAACAGUUCAUGAGCUUGUAGUCAUUUGUAAAACCACCUGGGCUGUGCACAGAGGUAGACCUUGUACCAACGGCAGAACCUUCACUCUUUGAUCAACAAGACGUUACCUAUUUCUGGGCCCCUAAGCCCACACAACUGCAAGAAAGAUCCCAAAUAAUUGCACUUCAAACAUACUCUAUUCUAAUAUAGAUGUUCACAAUGCCCCAAUGUUAGGACAAACGUGGACUUAGUAAAGCUGCUCUUUUAUAAACUGUAUGUAGGCUGAGCUUGUUUAGGGAUGAAUAGUAUCUUGAAACAUAAAAAUAUUUACCUUGAUAAAGCAGAAAAUAGAAUCAAAGCUUUAAGCCUAAAUGGUUACAUUACACGGACCGUAUUGACACAAUGUUGCGUGUUUCUAAGCCAAAGUAGAAUAGUGUUGCAGUCUAGAUGUUGCAAAUGUGCACAACCAGUAAGGUCACCAAGACCGGAGUAAAGUCAGAGCCAGACACACAGCACGACACAACAGGAACAAAAUGAGAACCAUUUCCAAAAUGACCUGGGCAAAUAAAAUAAAAAACAUUCUACCUCCAAAUUGAAAUGCUCAUAUUUUAAAUCCUUCCAACACACACACACACACACACACGCACACGCACACACACACGUUAGAAAACCAUGAAUGAGAGCUUGACAAAUGGACAAAGAAUGAAGUGCUGUUUGGAAGGAGGGGGUUUCAUACACAAAAAAGGUUCUCUAAUCACUUAAAUAUCGUUCCUGUCUAUGUUGAAUGUCUGCUCGCUUGAGGUACAUGUACUUAAAUUAAUUUAAUGUAGUUCUGUUAAUUACAAAAAACUAUGCUAUUCUGAUAUCUGUUUGUAAACAUUGUAUGUCCAUCUUCCAUGAACAUCUUCCGAUAAAGAGAGGGAGAACAUAAUAAAAUACAAGAAAACUGAGCCCCAAUGUGUGUCUUUCUUACAAUAUCACACAGACUUUUCAUUCAUUUUGUCCAAGAUUAUUUUAACAAUAACACAAUUUUAUUAUUGUUCAUGACUUGACUAUGCUAGUCAUUUACUAAUUGAUUUCCAGCAACCCAAUAU